AUGUUGGCAGCUGGCGGAGGAAAUCCCACAUACCUUAAGCUAGCGGCUACGCUAACUUACGCUGACCCGGUCCAUUGGUUUCCUCUCAAGUUCAUUAUCGCACAAAAGAAGACGGCCUGCAAAGUAACCAUUAUGAAGUUCGCCCUUUUCACCCUCUCCAGCAUUUUUGGCUUCACAGUCGCACAGAGCAGCAAGAAUUUCAAUACAAACCUUAACAGCACCCUCAGCACGAGCGGUCCGCGGAAUGUACGAUUUGAUACAGGAACAUAUGGACCACCAGUCGAAGAGUUCCACUACUACUACGAUCAAUGGCCAAUUGGCCUCGCCGUCUCCAAGACCGGCAGGAUUUUCGCCUGCUUCACCCGCGGAACAUACGCAUACACCCUGGGCGAGAUCGUGAACCAGACUGCCGAGGAGGCAUAUCCCUCUCUAGCCCUGAACACGCCUCCGGGAGGGCUAUACACAACCAUGAACGGGAUAAAGUUUGGGAGCAACGAUUCGAAUACGUUCAUAUCCGUGCAGGCACUGUUUAUCACACCGGAUGAUACUUUGUGGGUGCUGGAUACCGGCAGACCUUCGAUCAACGAGUCUCAAGCACCGAGCAUGCCGUAUGCUGCUCCAGGUGGCCCAAAACUUGUCUCCAUAAACCUGUCGAACAACUCGAUUGCCCGGACCUAUACCCUUCCCGCAGACGUCCACUAUCCCGAUUCCUAUAUGAACGAUGUGCGAUUUGAUAUGCGGUCUAACGUCACGGAGUCUGGUGGAGGCAUUGCUUAUAUUGUAGACUCGAGCAAUGAAGGCAGGACGGGUUUCAUCAUGAUCGAUCUUGCGACUGGAGAGAGUUGGAGACAAUUGAGCCAGCAUCCGAGUACACUGAGGACAUUUGGAGACGUGCCAAGCUACCAGGGGAUUCCUUUCUAUUUUCGCCAGAAAGGAAGCUCAUUGGGAUAUCAGCAAGAGGGUUUGGAUGGAGCAGAGCUGAGUUUAUAUGGCGAUGUCAUGUACUACUCACCACUCACAGCCAACUACCUUUUCUCCAUCGAGACAAAAUACCUGCGAGCAAAUCCCUCGAACGAUACCCUCUCCGCAAAGCGGGCGUUCGAUAAUGUGAAGAAUCUCGGCCAGCGCGGCGGGGACGCUAACGGGUUCUCUGGUGACAAUCUGGGCAAUGUGUACAUGCUGAUGCCGGAACAAAAUGCCAUCUAUAUCUACAAAUCCAGUGACACUACUCUGCAAGCCAAGCCCUACGUCCGGGACCCAAGGAUCAUCUGGCCCGACAGCUCGAACGUGGGCUUCGAUGGAUACAUAUAUUUCAAUAUCAACCAGUUGCCGUAUCAGCCGGACUGGAACGUCGGAGUGGAUGGGAGGCAGCACCCGGGAUUGAUUUUGCGGAGUAAGCUGCCGGAUGGGGCGAGCAAAAACAUGUUGCUGGGACCAUCGGCGUAG